UCUCUCUCUCUUUUGCUCGCUCUCGUGCUACCUGCUGCACAUCCGCACUAAUCAUUGACAGGCUCGUGCACGCGGCGCGGCCAUGUGAGGCAGAGUCGUGGAUUGCCACAUGGGGAGGGGAAGGAAACGAGGGGGCAGGACCAUGGACAGCAGCCUCCAUUCAUCCACGUGAAGGAUACGCUUGGAUACAACUUUGACAGCCACGCCAGCGAUGCUGGCUACUACGCCAGCCUUGAGCUCCCAGAGGGCACCUGGUCCUACACCAACCCCUACGCCGAUGGCAACAAGCUGAUCUUCGUCUACUUUGACCGCGUGCAUCUUUGGAAGAACAUCUACAGCAGCUUUCACAAAAACGGCUAUGAUGCUGCCCAGGUGUCCUGGGGCUGAAGUAAGUGGCCAGCAUUAUUCACUUUAUAAAAAAGAUGAAUCAAAACACCUAUCUUUCUAAAACAAACAUGUUUUUUUAUGAGCCUGAGAGGAUGAGGAACGCCCCGACUCUCAAGCCUGAAGGUGCUGUCCAGGUGGGAGAACUAAAAGUCCGUCAAGGCCGGCUACAAGUUGACCCAGAAGGUGCUGGUGCGCUGGUCGAUCGAGUUGCAGAGCGUCGGGCUAAUCAUGGCGGUCGUCAACGCCAACACAGUCGCCGGGCUGUGGCUCCUUGCCAUGACCACGGGCAAGGAGGAACACAGGGACACACAGAGCCAAAAUCCUGGAGAUGUUCCAGAGGACAAGGGAGAGCUGGAGAAGGGCCGGGCGGUCCUCAAGCGGCCAUCUCUCCGCAUGGCCCACAAGGCUUCCUGCAGAAUGUCGCUGUGGGACUCCCUGAUGUGCAGGAUGUACAAGAGCACCUGCUGAAGUUCCUGGCGGUCCCUCUUCAAGUGUUUUGGUGCGAACUUCUCCAAGGAUGUGACUUCAGAAGCGAGGAAGAACGAGGCCUUGGAGUGUCCAACCGGCAGGAAAAUGAGCAGAGUCGAGGAGGACAGAAAGAUACUCAACAUCUGGACUCUUCCAACAACACAGGUACCCAGGUUAAGCGAGCUGGACUUGUAAAAGAUGUAGUGAUGUUCUGCCAACAAGAAAAUAUUGCCCCAAUGACUGAUAAUAAUGUGAGAAUCCCCUUAAACGCUGUUUGUGGAAAUGUUGGCAUACGUUCUUAAGACUAAG